AUAAUAAUCAAGCUCUUGGGACUCAAGGAGACUUGCUUACAUGGUGGAGGCGUUGGUCUCCGAACAUUUACAAAGACAAAGUGACAGUUGGUGAAGUAGUUGAUUGUUCUCCCUAAGAAUGGAAAAACAUUUUGAGGGGGUCAUUUUAAGAAUAUGGUAAGAGGGAUCAAUGUCUUUGACUGAGCUAUCAUUUUGAAGUCUUGAAAAGUUUUAAACAGUGAUUUUUUUUUUUCCCUUCUUAAAUGAAUUUUUCAAAUAAAUGUUCAGUCUUUUUCACUCAUAAGAUAUUGCUCUCUGCAUUUUCAUCUUGGGCUGGUCGUUUGCUAAGUUUCAGCAAAAAUAGUGUCACAAAGAGAUCUUUUCACCUUUUGGGCAUCUCUGGAAAGCAGAAAAAUAGUGGGUUUUGCUUUCAAGAUUGUGUCUCACUUUUGCAGCAUCUGGUUGAUAUUAGAGAUCCAAGAUAUGGGAAGUCGGUUCAUUCUCUAUGCAUCAAAACUGGAUUUUAUACUGAUGUUUUCGUCCAGAACAAUAUCAUGAGGUUUUAUGCUAACCAUGGUGAUUUGGUUAAUGCCCAUCUUUUGUUUGAAGAAAUUCCUGAGCCGAACUUGGUUUCGUGUACUAGUCUGAUCUCUUCUUAUGUGCAUGAUGGUCAAUAUGACAAUGGUUUGCGCAUGUUUUCCCUUAUGUGUCGAUCAGGGUUUCGGCCAAACGAGUUUGGUUUCUCCGUGGCACUUAAGGCUUGUAGAAUUAUGCAGGAAUUUGUAUUUGGUAUGGUUAUUCAUGGACAAAUAUUGAAAUGCGGGUUUGAGUCAUGUAGCUUUUGUAGUUCUUCAAUUCUCGGAAUAUACGUGGAAUGGGGGGAUGUUGAGCAUGCCCAUAAGUUCUUUCAUGGGAUUCCACUUGGGGAAAGAUCUGAAGCAUCAUGGAAUACACUGAUAGACAGUUAUGUCCAAAUGUCUGAUCCGAAUGAAGCUUUAAACUUGUUUAGGGAGAUGAUGCAUUCUGGUGUUUCACCAAAUGGUUUUACUUAUGGCAUUAUUAUUAAACUAUGUGCUAACGAGUUGAAUCCUGAGCUUGGAAGGUCAAUCCAUGCCCAAACCGUAAAGGUUGGCUUUGAAGGUGAUGUUAUAGUGGGUGGAGCUCUUGUUGACGUUUAUGCAAAACUAGGACUUCUAGAUGAUGCCUGUCAAAUGUUCUGGAAUCUAGAAGAGAAGGAUAAUAUGGUCUGGUGUGCCUUACUGGCUGGGUUUCAUCAUGUUGGAGACACUGCAAAAGGAUUGAAUUAUUAUUUCAUGUUUCUUUCAGAAGGUAAUAAACCAGAUCCAUUUACCUUUGCCAAUUUAUUUAGUUUGUGUUCAAAUUUAGACGCUUGGGGUACUGGUAUCCAAAUGCAUUGCAGUCUUUUAAAAUAUGGGUUCAUAAUAGACUCGUUUUUGGGGAGUUCUCUUAUCAACAUGUAUGGUAAUCUUGGGAUGGUUUUUGAUGCUUAUAAUUGUUUCCUUGAGAUUGGAUAUAAGAAUGAAAUAUGCUACAGUGCAAUAAUUAAUAUUUUAGUUCUAAACUCAAAUGAUGAAACAGCCUUAGCACUGUUUUCAGAGAUGAUGCAAGUAGGUCAUAUGCCAAGCCAAUCUACAGUCAGCUACAUUCUUCGAGCUUUAGCAAAUCAUCGUAUGUUAAAACAAGGAAGAGCACUUCAUGCUUAUAUCUUUACAAGCGUUAGUGAUUCUGAUUGUAAAAUGUGUACAGGAAACGCUCUCAUUGAGAUGUAUGCUAAAUGUGGGGCUGUAGAUAAUGCAAAAAUGGUUUUUAAAGCAAUGACAGUGCCAAAUGAGUUCUCAUGGACAACCAUUAUGUCUGGUUUCUGUCAACUGGGACAAUUUGAGGAAGUUUUAAGGCUGUUUCGUGAUAUGCUCAGUUCACUAUCUGCAAAGCCCAGCCAAUUCACAGUGCUUAUUGCUGUUCAGGCUUGUAUGAAACUAGAACCGUUGGAUGGAGGAAAGCAAGUCCAUAGUUAUGUCAUAAAAGUAGGAUUUGAUUCUCAUCCCUUUGUGGAAAGUUCAUUGGUUUCCAUGUACUCUGCAUUUAAAAAUGAAAUUCAAAAUGCUUUUCUGGUGUUCUCGUUCAUGAAAGAGCGAGAUCUUGUCUCAUGGUGCGCCAUGAUAACUGCAUGCGUGCAAAAUGGAUACUAUGAGGAAGCUCUUAAGCAUUUCUCUGAAUUCCGAAUUGCACCCAAUUUUUCAGUAGAUGAAUCCAUCUUGUCUAGCUGCCUUUCAGCUUGUGCUGGCUUGGCGGCAAUAGAGAUGGGCAAGUGGUUCCAUGCCUGUGUCAUCAAGACUGGGUUUGAGUCUCAUCUGCAUGUUGCUUCCUCCAUUAUAGACAUGUACAGUAAAUGUGGAAGCAUCAAAGAAGCAUGCCAGUUAUUUAACAAAACGGAAGAUCAGAAUUUGGUGACUUGGACAGCUAUGUUAUCAGGGUAUGCUCAUAAUGGGCUUGGGAGGGAGUCUGUUGAGCUUUUUAGCAGGAUGAAAGAAGCUGGGCUGAAGCCAGAUAGUAUUACUUUUGUUGGGGUUUUAACCGCAUGUAGUCAUGCUGGACUUGUUGAAGAAGGCUGGCAAUUUUUUAAUUCUAUGACAAGUGAUUAUGGCUUGGAAGUAAAUAUAAAUCAUUAUGCUUGCAUGGUUGAUCUACUUGGUAGAGCUCAACAGGUGGAAGCAGCCAAGGCUCUGAUAGAAAAAGCACCAUUUCACUUAAAAUCAAAACAUCUCCUGUGGAAGACACUGUUAGGCGCCUGCAACAGACAUGGGAAUAUUGAAAUAGGAAACCGAAUUGCACAAAUGCUGGUUGAAUUAAAAACAAAUGAACCAUCAACCUAUGUUUUACUGUCGAACAUUUAUGCAUCAGCCUCAAUGUGGGAUAACUCUGUAGAAGUGAGAAGCAAAAUGAAAGCAGAGAAUGUUUAUAAGCAACCUGGCAGUAGUUGGAUUCAGGUGGCUGGUUAAAAGAUCAUGGAGAGCAUCACGCUAAUGUUUAUUUGUCAAAAGCUAUCAGGAAAUACCCUAUGGUCUCUCAUUUCAUCAUACAGCUUAAAAUUAGUGCCAUUGAAGGUUUGUAACAUUAUGGUCUAAGAAGCAAGAACAAUUUUGUUGAACAGUGACAAUGCAUUUCCACCCUCAAUUGAAGCUAAAAUGAACAUGAAGGGACAUGGGGUGGAGUCAUUAAACACAAAACUACUAUCUGAAAUCCUUAGGGGACGAAGCAGUGCAUCUUGGCACUCUACAAUCUCGCUUACUUAUGGGGGUGGAUUGCUAUUUUAUAUGCUGUUGAUCUCCUCGAUGUUUGUUAAUUUUUUUGACCUUACCACUUUCUUCAAGAGCAUUUACGAUGUAGUUUUGUGCUGACAGCUAUUCAAUUGGUCUGAAGAGACCUGAAUUUGUGACAAAAAGUUUGCCAAGAUGAAGAUUGUAAGGUCCAUACAGUGCUGGUAGAAAUAAUAACUCCAGAUGCAGCCUUCAAUUAUACUUGGUUUGUUGACCUCAGCUUUGUUACUGAAAGCAUUUCUUCAAAACCACAGAAUGACAUAGACGCCUGAGGAGGUACAAACUUUCUGAAAUGGUCUCAAAGAUGAUUGCAAGUGAAGCAAGGUGGUGGAGGUGGUGGUGAAUGGUGACUACCUACAAAUGCAAGCUGAAUUAAUCAUCAAAUUUGAUGGUCAUGGAGUCACUCAAAACCAAGUUGAUAUCUGGAUUUCUUGGAUCAACUAACAAAAUAUACGAAGGGGGCAGAGCUUGGUUGCUUCAAAUGUGAAGUGUGGCAAAGGAAUGCAAAACCCAAACAUCAACAGUUUUUGUUUGGGUUUUGACACUAGGCUCUGAUGAUCUUACUCAGAAAUGAAUGGUUGAAAUAACACUCUGGUUGGCCCUUUGCAUGGGGUUGAUGAUUGCUAAAGAGUGCCUGAACAGUGCACUGCACCAUUCUACAAAUGGAGAUUGGUAUGCCAAAGUGGGGAUGAGCUGGGAAUAAAACAUGGUUUGGUUUUGUCCUCUUCAAAUCUUGGUAGUACAGGUUACUUGGUGACAUGUGAACAUGUUUUGGCUGGCUUUCCGAUCCUAUUACCGAAAUUCUUCCCAUCCGACAAUUUGGGUCUAGCCAAAUUCUCUUUGGAAUAUGUCCUACUUUUUAUUUUUACUUGUAUUCAUCCUGAGCGAUGUACCAUGUAUAAUCAUAAUAGAUUAUGUUAAAUAUAAUCUAUAAUAAUUAAUUAUAUUUGAAAAUUAA